AUGAGAGCCCGCAUCGAAAUCCAGAAACACACCACCAAACUGGGGCUGGAUGGAGCUACCUUGGAGGGUGGGCAAGCAAGGAUGGAAGAGGAAGACAAGCUGCUCCUGAAUGUGCGGACAGCCUUUGUGGAGCGUGUGAACAAGCCAGUGAUCUCUGGGCUGCUGGAUGAGCUGCUGACCCAAGGGGUGCUGAGCCUUGAGGAGGUGGACGAGGUGCAGGAUAGAUACUCGGUGCGCGCCGACAAGGCCCGCCACUGCCUCAUCGACACUGUGCAUCCGAAGGGCCCCAGGGCCAGCCAGAUCUUCACUGACAGCCUCAGGAAGCGCAAUGGCACCUUGGCAGAGCAGCUGGGUCUGGCCACUGGGUCAGGGUCCCCUGGUGCGCAGCUAGCCUCCCCCAACACUGAGGCCUGCCCCGGGCCUCCCGUGAGCAUCCUGGACCAGCAGUGGAUCCGGCUGUGCUCCCUGAGCAAGUACUAGUGCAUCAAGGACACAGAGGGAGACCAGAUCUAUCCUAUCCAUCUACUGAGGGAGACGUGAACCCGUAGAGCCCUGCUCAUCUGCAACAUUAAGUUUGAGCACUUGAGCAAGCGGGAUGGGGCUGAAGUGGAUGUGGAGGGGAUGAUGAAGCUGCUGGAAGGGCUGGGCUACGUGGUGGAUGUCUGUUGCAACUUAACUUCCCAGGGGAUGGCUACAGUCAUGAAGGAUUUUGCGGAUCGCGAAGAGGACUACACCUCCGACAGCAACUUCCUGGUCUUCAUGUCACACAGGGUCAGGGCUGGGCUCUGCAGGACCAAGAGCAGAGGUGAGACCACAGACAUCCUUUCCCUAGACACCAUCUACGAGAAAUUCAACAACAAGCACUGCCAGGCGCUGCUGGGCAACCCCAAAGUGGUCAUUAUCCAGUCCUGCCGUGGAGGCAACGUAGGGUCCAUGAUGGUGAGCAACUCUGCAGACCCUGCCAUGCCCGCUCCCAGCUCGGCUCACACGAUCCCUGCAGGGCUGGAAGAUGACGCAUUCUGUGAAGUCCACCCGGAGAGUGAUUUUGACACUUUACAUUCCUCCACGCCUGAUACUAUCUCCUGGAGAAGCUCAGUAACAGGCUCUCUUUUCAUCCAGUACCUGAGAGAGCAGUUUCGAAACCACACCUGUAACAGCGACUUACAGGAGAUCUUCCAAAAGGUCCAAUAUUCCUUUGGAAAAUUCCCUCAGCAGAUGCCAUCACAAGAAUGGACUAUGAUGCUCAGGAAGUUCUACCUCUUCCCAGGCCACUGAUCUCCU